AUGGCAACUAAGAAUUUGAAAGCCGUCGUCGUCGGCGCCACAGGCGCAGUCGGAGGGGAGAUCCUGGGUCAGCUGCUCGUGAACCCCGCAUGGGGAGAGGUCGUGGUCGUUGGACGUCGAGAGGCACCUGUCCCUCCCGAGUACAAGGGCUGGGACCCAGCCAAGCUGCAACAUAAGGUCAUCGACAUGGACAACUUGGCAUCGGAGGCGAGCUCAGCUUUUGAGGGGGCCGACACUGUGUUCUGCGCCCUGGGAACCACCCGCGCGACAGCCGGAAGUGCCGAGGCUUUCCAGAAGGUGGACCUCGAGUACGUCCGGGCCGCUGCUGAGGCCGCGAAGCAGGCCAAGGUGUCCCACUUCUCCCUCAUCUCGGCUCAAGGGGCCAAUCCCCGCAUGUGGGCUUCCAAUCUGUCACUUGCCCACUCACUCCUAUACAUCAAGACCAAGGGACUGGCAGAGGAGGCUGUCAAGAGUCAGGGUUUUGCCUACACCACCAUCCUUCGUCCCGGCCUGCUGGCCCGUGGUGACAAAGCGCGCACUGCUGAACGCGCCUUCUCCUUCCUCCUCAAGGGCGUCCCAAUCUGGGGUAUCGAGGCCCGUGUCAACCCUUCGUGGAAGGCUAUGAGGUUUGAUGGGCCUGCCCCCGAGCGCAUUAACGGCAGGCUGGCCAUGCUCGCAGUCAUCACCGGAGUCUUGGAAGAGCUGAGGAGCGGGCAUGGCAUCAUCUGGCAGGCGCAGCACCCCAACCCCCUGAUCGCUGUGUCCUUCCUCGCCAUCAUCUACGCCAGCCUCGUGCCCAUCCUCAAGGGAGCCGUGUACGAGGACUUCGGCAUCUUCACCGUGGUCGCCGAGAAGCUGAAUGGAAGGGCUGCCAUGAUCGGAUUUGCGAGUCUCCUGGCACUGGAGGUGGUUCGCCAGGGAGCGCUCUUCGGCAGCAUCUGA